AUGGGCCUCAGCGACAGUAUAAUCAUUCUUCUGGUCAUUCUCGCCGCCGCAGUGUCUGUCGCGAUUGGUUGGGCUAUCUACUCACUCUUCCACCGAAGGCAGGGCGACCUCGCGAUGUCAGAUUCUGGCGAGCAAGCAGAAUAUAUGCGCGAAGUCAGAUUGAGAGAAAGGCACCUGAUUGCAGCCGCGAUUGGCUACAGGUUCGACAAGGUGUGA